AAGAAGAGCAAAAGGAGUGUCUUAAGGCUGAGCACUCCGUGUUGGCUGUCUGUGUCUCUAUGCUUCUUUCUCUACAGAACCUUGUACCAGCUUUGUAAAUUCCUCUCUUCUGUGUCUGGGCCUUCUGUUUCAUAUACAUCUUUUUAGGCAGGAAGAAGGGAGUAAAAAGGAGAAAUAAUUUUCAAGAGUAUAUACAUUUUCGCACAGACAACACAGUACAUAUACAUAUAAAUAUAAGAGAGAGAUAGAUAGAUAGAAAGAUAGGAGAGGGAAAAAGCAUGGGAUGUUUUCCAUGUUCAGGAGAUUCAUCAUCAAUCAAGAAGCCAGAGAAAAAAAGGAAGAAUUAUAGUCAUAUCAAUACCAAUCACUAUACAAAAGAUGAUCAAAGAAUACCCACAACAGGUGCUUCUUGUGUUUUUGUGCUAAUAAACGGGAAGUGAGCCCAAAUAAAGGUGGGAAGAAGGAGAACAAGAUAGAUAUAAAUCCAUCUGCAGCACCAGACGAGGUGGCUAGUAAGAGGUCUUUUUGUGAUGAAGAUGGUAAUCGAUCAAACUCUAGGGCCUUUCAAUAUACUGAACUGGAAGCUGCUACAGAAAAUUUCAGGUCAGAAAAUUUUCUGGGGGAGGGAGGCUUUGGCAAAGUUUACAAAGGUUGUCUGGUAGAUACCGGUCAGAUUGUGGCUAUUAAGCAGCUUGAUCCUAAUGGAUGUCAAGGGAUCAGGGAGUUUACGGUUGAAGCAUUAUUCUUAAGUUUGGCUGAUCAUCCUAAUCUUGUCAAGUUAAUUGGUUGUUGUGCUGAGGGAGUUCAGAGGCUGUUGGUCUAUGAGUACAUGCCCCUGGGUUCUCUGGAUGACCAUUUACAUGGUCGUCCAUCCAAUAAAAAAAAGCUUGAUUGGAACACAAGAAUGAAUAUAGCAGCUGGUGCAGCUCGAGGCUUAGAGUAUUUGCAUGACAAGAUGAAGCCUCCUGUCAUCUAUCGAGAUUUAAAGUGUUCUAACAUUCUUCUUGGGGAGGGUUAUCAUCCAAAGCUAUCUGAUUUUGGUUUGGCCAAAGUUGGCCCUUCGGGAGAUAAAAGUCAUGUUUCCACCAGGGUGAUGGGUACAUACGGAUAUUGUGCUCCGGAUUAUGCAAUGACCGGUCAGCUUACAUUCAAAUCUGAUAUUUAUAGCUUUGGUGUUGUUCUUCUGGAGAUCAUCACUGGCAGGAAAGCAAUUGACGAUUCUAGACCUGCUGCAGAGCAAAAUUUGGUUGCAUGGGCACGGCCCUUGUUCAGAGACAGGAGAAAAUUCUCUCAGAUGGCUGAUCCAUCGCUGGAAGGUCAAUAUCCCGUAAGGGGCUUGUAUCAAGCUCUUGCAAUUGCUGCAAUGUGCGUCCAGGAGCAAGCUAGCAUGCGACCCGUGAUAGCUGAUAUUGUUAUAGCUUUGAAUUACCUUGCAUCCCAAACAUAUGAUCCCAGUCGCCUUCCUGUCCAUAAUUCCCGAAAGAGCUCAUCUUCAUAUAAAUCAAGAAAAGAUGAUGAACAGAAACCUCUUGCUGGAACCACUACUCGCGAUGAUGAUGAUGAGCAAACCAGGCUUAAUGACUGAUAUCCGUGCUAGUUUUUGGCCCAAGUACCUCUUCAUGUGUUUUCUGAUUUCUGUUCCACAUGAUAACGGGUGCUUCUCUGCAUUGUACUUCUGGUAAAAACAGAAAUCCCCCUUCUAGCAUCAGCCAUCUUUACCUCAAAUUUGGCUCUGCGUCCAGGGUAAAUCUUUAGUCGGGCUCACGUGUAAGAAGAACCUUCAAUUCGAAUUCAAAAAAGAGAAAAGUAUAGUGAAAUAAGAGGACAAAUUGUUUUAUUUAGUGGGAAGAAUGAUGCUCAUUUUGUUUUUUCAUUCGAAGCAUAAGUUGUUGGAAGAAUGAUGCUCGUACUUGAACUUUUCCCAAGAAGGGAAGCCCUC